AUGGAAAACCGUAGAAGCCUCUUUUCUCUCUCACUUAUCUUUGUGUUCAUGAUCAACUCAGCCAUAGCCACUCCAGUCACAUACAAUGUGGCCAGUUUAGGAGCCAAAGCAGAUGGCAAGACUGACUCCACAAAAGCCUUCCUCUCUGCCUGGGCUAAAGCUUGUGCCUCGAUGAAUCCCAGUGUCAUUUAUGUGCCGGCAGGAACGUUCUUUCUUCGCGAUGUGGUGUUUAGUGGGCCUUGCAAGAGCAAUGCCAUCACCUUUCGCAUUGCCGGAACCCUUGUGGCCCCGUCUGAUUACCGGGUCAUCGGUAAUGCAGCUAACUGGAUUUUCUUUCACCAUGUAAACGGGGUUACCAUAUCAGGUGGAAUUCUUGACGGCCAAGGCACUGCCUUGUGGGCUUGCAAGGCCUCUCAUGGCGAGAGUUGUCCCAGCGGAGCAACGACAUUGAGUUUUUCGGACUCAAACAACAUUGUGGUGAGUGGAUUGGCAUCCCUAAACAGCCAAAUGUUCCACAUAGUCAUCAACGACUGCCAAAAUGUGCAAAUGCAAGGUGUCAGGGUUUCUGCUUCCGGUAACAGCCCUAACACCGAUGGCAUUCAUGUCCAAAUGUCAUCUGGUGUCACAAUCCUCAACUCCAAGAUUGCAACCGGUGACGAUUGUAUCUCAAUUGGCCCCGGAACCUCAAAUUUGUGGAUAGAAAGCGUUGCCUGUGGACCUGGCCAUGGAAUUAGCAUUGGAAGUCUAGGCAAGGAGCAAGAAGAGGCCGGUGUACAAAAUGUAACAGUUAAAACGGUUACCUUUACUGGUACUCAGAAUGGUCUAAGAAUCAAGUCAUGGGGGAGGCCAAGCACUGGGUUUGCUAGAAAUAUUCUUUUCCAACAUGCUACAAUGGUCAAUGUCGAAAAUCCUAUUAUUAUAGAUCAACAUUAUUGCCCCGACAACAAAGGGUGCCCUGGUCAGGUUUCUGGAGUUCAAAUUAGCGAUGUGACAUACGAAGACAUACACGGUACAUCAGCAACAGAAGUUGCAGUAAAAUUUGAUUGCAGUCCCGAGCACCCUUGUAGCGAGAUCAAAUUGGAGGAUGUGAAGCUUACUUACAAGAACCAAGCAGCUGAGUCUUCAUGUAGCCAUGCAGAUGGAACAACUGGGGGUGUGGUUCAGCCUACAAGUUGUUUGUAG